ACUAUCCGAUUGAGGUUUACUUCUGCAGCCUAUUGUUUCAGACAACAGAUAUAAGUUGCGAUGGAAGAGGAACGUCGGAUUUGGUGUCUGUCCCCCAUUUCCAAUUAUAGAUGGAUCAUUACAGACAGAGAAGUACUGAGAAUCCAGACAUCUGCUCUUCACAUGAAUGCACUCACCUCCUAGAGAACAGCCUGCCAUCAUGCUCUGGAAACUGGUUGAAAAUGUCAAGUAUGAAGACAUCUACGAGGACCGGCAUGAUGGAGUGCCCAGCCACAGUUCCCGGCUGUCCCAGCUGGGCUCCGUCUCGCAGGGACCCUACUCCAGCGCUCCUCCGCUGUCUCACACCCCGUCCUCGGAUUUCCAGCCGCCUUACUUCCCACCCCCCUACCAGCCUCUUCCUUACCACCAAAGCCAGGACCCUUACUCCCAUGUCAAUGACCCCUACUCCCUAAACCCCCUGCACCAGCCCCAGCAGCACCCCUGGGGACAGAGGCAGAGGCAAGAGGUGGGAUCGGAGACCGGGUCGCUGCUGCCACAGCCUCGGGCCGCCCUGCCGCAGCUCUCGGGCCUGGACCCCAGGCGGGACUACCACUCGGUGAGGCGGCCAGACGUCCUCCUGCACUCAGCCCACCAUGGCCUGGACUCCGGCAUGGGCGACAGCCUUUCCCUGCACGGCAUCGGACACCCGGGCAUGGAGGAGGUCCAGGAGAAUGUCAUCACGCACAGGCUCUCUUUGGUAAACCCUCCCCUAAAUGGAGAGCUAGCAGAACCCAGUAGGAAGACAGGCAGGCAGACACACUGCUCCAAAUAUUCCACGUGUUUCGAGAGCUGGCAGAGUUCAAGCCGGCCUUUCAAAUUCCAGUCAGUUGAAGAUGCCAAUAACAGCGGUAUGAACUUAUUGGACCAGUCUGUCAUUAAAAAAGUUCCGGUUCCUCCAAAAUCUGUUACUUCUUUGAUGAUGAAUAAAGAUGGCUUCCUGGGUGGAAUUUCAGUCAAUACCGGCGAGGUGUUUUGCUCCGUUCCUGGCCGCUUGUCUUUGCUUAGUUCAACCUCAAAGUACAAAGUCACUGUGGGAGAAGUUCAAAGACGCCUUUCUCCUCCCGAGUGUCUCAACGCGUCGCUCCUCGGAGGAGUGCUCCGAAGAGCCAAAUCGAAAAACGGGGGGAGAUCUUUGCGAGAAAGGCUAGAAAAAAUCGGUUUGAAUUUACCAGCCGGCAGGCGUAAGGCCGCAAAUGUCACUUUACUCACCUCCCUGGUGGAAGGUGAGGCCGUUCAUUUAGCUCGGGAUUUUGGGUACAUCUGCGAAACGGAGUUCCCGGCCAAGGCUGUUUCUGAGUACCUGAACAGGCAGCACACGGACCCCAGCGACCUCCACUCCAGGAAAAACAUGCUGCUUGCUACAAAGCAACUUUGUAAAGAAUUUACAGAUCUCUUGGCCCAGGACAGGACGCCCAUUGGGAACAGCCGACCCACCCCUAUUUUGGAACCGGGCAUUCAGAGCUGCUUGACUCACUUCAGCCUCAUCACUCACGGCUUUGGGGCCCCCGCUAUCUGCGCCGCUCUCACGGCCCUUCAAAACUACCUAACUGAAGCUCUCAAAGGCAUGGACAAGAUGUUCUUGAACAACAACACUGCUAACAGGCACACAUCUGGCGAAGGACCAGGUAGUAAAACUGGAGACAAGGAAGAGAAACACAGAAAAUGAAAAAAAAAAAAAAAAAAGGAAAGAAAAAAGAAAAAAAGUUAAAUAAAUAAAAGGAAAAGAGAGAGAGAGAGAGAGAUAAUCUUUUAAAAAACCGUCUUAAUUUUAGCUUUAAAAAUAUUGGAUUGGGCUUUGGAAGAAUUCUAUUAGGUAGGACAAAAUAAUAAUAAUAAUAAAAAUAAUAAUAAUUAAAGAAAGACAAUAAUUUAAGAUCAGAGGAGCACAAUGGCGCAAGACCAGUGGUUCAGAGUCUCUUGCCAGGAACAUGUGAAGACAACCACCAGGAUUUUUUUCCCACUUCUGUUCUUUCACAUUUUUUAAAUAAUGAUUUGGGGUGGGGGGAGUAUAAUAAUAAUUAAUAAUAAUAAUAAAAGAAAGAAAUGAAUAACUUAUUGGAAGAAAUUGGAGAAACAUUUUUGGUGUCAGUGCUUUGAUUUCUUGAGAUGCACGGUCUGUCUUCCUGUGAUUUUUAUUUUAUUUCCCCCCCCCCUUUUUUUUUGGAACGAUGUCCCGUCUCCACAAUAGACAAAAGUAUCUUCCAGAGCGCUCCUUUCUGAGCAAUCCCAUCAUCUCAUUCCCAGGCUUUUCCCAUCUCAUCUCACCACCCUGGCUCUGUCUAGACUAGGAAAGGAGGUGACGCGAGUGGGUGUGCAAAGCCCCAGACCUUUUACGAGGACAGCAAAACCAGUCGGCUCUAUCUGCAUUCGUGGCAGCAACUCCAGUUAAUUACAUUAGAUUGGAUGUUUUGAGUCAUGCUAGCUCAAUCGAAUUAGCUAACUCUAUUUUUUAAGAACCCUUUUUUUUCCUGGUCUAGACAGCCGCUCUGUUUAGAUUACCAGUGUUUACAGGUGUGUAUGUGCACGCGUGUGCGGAUGUGUGUGCAUAUGCGUAUGCACACACAUAGCUUGAUAGAGGUGUGUAUGUGCACUGUGUAUGCUUGUGUAUAUAUAUGUAUGCAUACAUAUACAUGUAUUUAAUAUGUGUGUACAGCCACACAUAUUCACGCAUGCAAACAUACCUUUUUAAUUUAGUACUUGCCUUUGACGGUAAAAUGCCUUGUCUAUAAGGGGUUGCAAAAUUCGAAAGUCAGGUCUGGUAAAAUGGUAGUGCUAGCUGAUUUCUUAAUUUUCUGAGAUCUCCUCUUUUUCUCUAGGGAGUUUUAUAUUCCUAACUAUGCCAAUGUUAUGAUCCUUAACUUCCUUUAGUGGUGUGUGUGAGAGAUAUCUUUCCCCAUUUUUAAAGAACUGUUAACAGCAACAAAAAAAUGAGUGAUAUGAGUAUGUAAUUCUUUCUCAGGAGUAUGCACUAUUUUAUUUUCUUCUGUUUCCUAAAGCUUUGCCCGCUUGGCUUAUGAGCUUCUUCAAAGAGGACUAGAGAUCCCUACACAAUAUAUCAGGUACAGAGAAAAAAAAUCCACAAUUCUGAUAUUCUGAUACUUUUUUUCUUUUUUUUUUCUUUUUCAAAUCAAAGCCAGUUGUUUCAGAAUCCUGUAGGUGCACUUCUUUAAAGAAGCUCAAAGGGAAUAAUUCGAACAAGAUAAAAAUAGAAGUUGGAAUCAAGGUGUAACACUGCAAAGAAAAUAAGCGUUGUGCUGACUGUUGCCACCUUGCUUGGCACUAGGGUUUUGUCCGCAGAGAGGAAAGGGCUGCCGUGUGAGCUGGCUCCUCAGGAUGGGAGCGGGGAGGGUUUGCCAGGGAAUAUCCUGAUUUCUGGUCUCAGGCUGAGGAAAGAGGUUUUGCAUAGAAAGUUUUUUUAAAAAAAUGCCUUGUGACUCUUGCUUUAGAUCAUGUUGGGGUGGUAAGGGGGAAAAAACCUCUUAACUCCAAUGUUUUUCUCAGUGGUUUGGUGUGUGACGGGCUGUCUUAUGCAUAUGAUUUUGAGGGGUGGAGGGGAAGUCUGAUUUCUUUCUUUCUCCUUAUUUUUUAACAUACCUUUCUUUGUCUUAUAUGGUAAAAUGAUGCUAAAGUGUAAGGAUAUGAAUUUCUGUUCAGAUUCUGCAAUAUUGGGUAAUUGCAUAUGUUUCGCAGCGGGGUAGGUUUCAUGCACUAACACAUCUUUUUGCUUGUGUCAGAACAGUUUCGGGGUGUGGGUAAAAUCCUGGCGCUCCUGGAGGCCCUGGCAAAGCUCCCAUGGGGUCAGGCCUCCCCGCCGUGAUCCCUAUUAGAGCCACAGCUCCAACCUGGGCAGGCACACCUGAAAUCUAAGCGGGGGAGAGAGAGAAGGCAGACACGCCUUUGCCUUGCUUUAGUUUCUAAAAAUAAAAAAAAGUCUUUGAAAGUGGAUGGUGGGGAAGAACUAAUUGAGGGAUGUAUCUUUUCAACAGUUUUUUUUUCUUAAAUAAGCAAAUGAGCCUCUUGAUUCACACCCCAAAAUGUCCUUAGCUGCUUGGGAAAGGUCUAGAACUGAGGCCUGCUCUAUUUUUAAGUUCCAAAGGUUUAUCUUCAUGCUGCAAGCGAAGGUCUCAACUCUUGUCCCAUACCUGUGACUGAGACACGUGUGUAGCAAUAGAAACGCAGGAACCCUACAGAUUUGCUUAGCUCCAGAGAGUGCUACCCGCUCUGAAGCUGGCCUUUAUGCAUGUAUCUUUGAUCCUUCUGGGGCAGAGAAUCCUCAUGUGAGAGAAGGGGGAAACUGAGGCACGUGGACUUCUCCGUGGGCUCCCGGCAGGAACUGGGGUAACCUUUGAUCUUGGCAGGCCCCUGGCAGGUAGCGGUGGGUUUACACCUCUUGCAGUCGUAGACCCCUACACAUGUCCCUGGAGGUGGUGUGGAUCCCUGUGGGACAUAGACCUUGGUGAUCCCUCACCCAGAGGUUCUGACCCUCAGAUUGAGCAGUAGACCCCAGGCAACUGGGACACUCUGAAGCCCACCCCUUUGCCAACCAGCCUCCUGAUUGUGGCAGGCUCACGGAGAAGGAUAACCCUGGCUCCAGUGCAAGGCGAGCCCCAGCUGUGUGAUGCAAGAAGGGAAGGGGUGUGUGUGUGUGUAUGGACAUGGGGAGGAACAAACGGGUAUAAAUCCCCAAGACAUCAUGCGACCGGCAUGUCUCCCUCCUCUGUCACGUGAGACAAUUCUGGUUUUCGAAGCCAAGUGCUGAGUGUUGCAUGCAGCUCUGCCUGCCCUCUGCAAAGCAGCCUUUGUGAGGAGCCCAGAGGCCUAGCAAACCCUCCAAAAUCUGCAGCAUCCCGCCCCCCGAGUGGACUCCUGGGCUCUGGGGAGACCCCAAGUUAGUGCUCAGUCUUCCAGCUCCCCAGCAGUGCAUACAGGGACAGGGGGACUCAUUCCCUGCCACUGAAGAACUUGCAAUUCAAGGGUUUUGGGGGGUGUUUGGGAUGCUCCUUUCUUUUAAAAGCAGGGAAAGAUAGUGUAGUGUAUCACACUAUCACCGUGAGCUAAUGGGAAAGAGACUGCUUGCAAUUUCUUGAGGGAAGAGCUGCAUGCUCUUGUGUGCAUGCACAUGCAUGUGUGAGGGCCUGUUCCUGCUGCUGCUGCUGCUGAAAUCUCCCUUAGGUGCAGGUUGGGUCACUUGGAGCAGGAUCCAAACCCUGGGAAGUUCGAGGGGAGAGUUUCAGUUGACUCCUGGCAACUUUGGAUGUGCCUCUCAUGCCUCCCACCUGGAAGAUAGACUGCAAACACCAGGCCAUGUUUUCCUUAGGCAAAACUAAAGAGUUUGCAAAAUUCUCAGUGUUUCCAGCAGACUCCUCUCACCUGUUCCCCAAAGUCCUGAGACAAAACCCCUGAUGUUUCCAUAUUAAAAGCAAACAGGCAGAAAACAUGGCACAGGAAUACACCCAUCCCUGUUCUUCCCCAUGGUCUAGUGCUGGCCACAGAGGGAAACAUCCCUUGCUUGCUUUCAGUGCUGAGGUCCCCCCAUGAGAGCGAAACGCAGCCUCCUGCUCUCCAAGUCCCACCACAGCCUGCCCUAACCGAGCGGCGUUUCCCUGAGCUCCCUCAGCUUGACUUCUGCUCUUGGCGGGGCACCUCAGACAUAUAUCUGAUAAUUGAGUUGUUAAAAGAUUUGGUUUCCUCGGGAUCAUAAAUCAAUAAACAGGAGGAUUAACACGGCAGCUCUGCUCUUUAACUCAAGGGAAAAGUUUGAGGAGAGACCGUGAAAAGUUUGUUUUCAAACCAAACAGGUGGGUUACUGUAAACUUUAUUUCAUUCUUAACCUCACUCUUUUUUAUUUUUAUUUUUUGAAUACAAUUCUCUAUUUUCCGUUGGAAAGAUCUUUGUUUUUGUAUGCUCCCUGACUUUUUUUCUGGUUGUUAUUCACACAAGGUGUGAAGGAAACGAGAAGCCAAUUUUAUGGGAAUCCCUUUAGAGCCGGCUUAGUUCUUUAAAACCGGGUCGUGUCUUGUCCCACCUAAUAGAAAUUCUCUGUGAGAAGCUCUGUUAAAGUCUCAUAGCAUCGUAACCUCCACGGCCAGAGACCAGCUAGGCGAUGGAGAGGACCUUCCUGCUCACAUGGGAGAAAUCCCAGUCUUGUAUCCAGAACAACCUCCCCCCCCGAAAAAAUCCCCGAAUUUUCACUUUUGGGGCUGAGUGGAUGGGGAGGGGGGUGCUUUUAAGACCUUUAGCUGUGCCCAAGAGCUUAUUACCUUCUCCUGCUAAUCUCUCUCUGACUGGUUUAACACGCAGUCCUCUGUUUUCGUACGUUUUCUCACAGAAUUUGGUGCUCGUUUCAGCUGCCGGGGGCGGGGAGCAUCUCUCCGCCUCCCUGUUAUCCAGCCAAGAGCCCCUUCCCCUCGGGUUUCCCUGUGUGAGAGACACCCUAGGCUUUUUACAAAUAAUAUAUUUUCUUAUACAACAACAACAGUAAAAGAUCCCCCAACAAGCGCCUGAGCAUUUCGAGAGAGACUAAGCCUUGUGUGCCAGCGAUAAGGAAAAAAAACCAAACAAAUGCAAAGCUAUGAAAACGCGAAUGAGAAACUGGAAAGAUGGAGGAAAAAAAAAAAAAGACACCGUUCUCCUUCCUAUGCCCCAAAUGAUCCCUUUCACCUCCUCUUCUUGAAAAAAAAAAAAAAAAAAUCUGACCAUGCAGUGAGAAAUAUCAGUUUAUCGACUCUUCCUGAGAAGAAAUGCGGAGAGGCAUUCAGUAUUGAGUUUGUAUAUAUUUAUUUAUGCUUAAUUUAACGGGAAUGUGUAAAUAUGGCGAGCAAGUAGUUUUGGGGUUAUUUAUCUGUGAAUCUAUACCUCUGUGAAUGGGUGGGGGAGUUUAAAAACAAAAAGAGAAAAAAAAGAAAAAAAUGAACAAAAAGAAAAAACAAAACCAACAAAAAAAACCGCUUGACUAGAUAGUAUCCUAUCUGAAUCUUUUCUGUUCUUUAUAGACAAGCUGUUAUGGUAAUGGGUAGAAAUUGGUUUCUUGUCCAGUGCUGACCUGAUUUACAUAAAUAAUAAGAAUAAGAAUAAAAAAAGAGAUUGUUGUGUUUUGUUGUA